CAGCCCGGCGGGCACCAGGAGGCGAAGGCGGGACGGCCAGGGGUCCGAGCGCGCAGGCCAGCGGCCCCGGGGCCAAAGUUUGCCAGCAGCCGGGGGAGGCCAGGCGGGCGCCACGUGCCGCUCGCCGCCGGCUCGCGCAUCCUCACCCCCGGCCUCGCUGCGCCGGAGGACCGAGCCGCGGCCCGGCUAGCUGCUAGGCGGGGACGCUGCGACGGGAACUUAAGGUCCAAGAGGGAUGUGAAGCCCCAAAAAUGACUCUGUUACCGGGAGACAACUCGGAUUACGACUACAGCGCCCUGAGCUGUGCCUCGGAGGCCUCCUUCCACCCGGCCUUCCUCCCACAGCGCCAGGCCAUCAAGGGCGUCUUCUACCGCAGGGCCCAGCGGCUGAGGCCGCAGGACGACCUGCACCAGAGCAGCUGCCUCGGGGACCGCAGGCGACAGAUCAUCAUUAACGUGGGCGGCAUCAAGUAUUCCCUCCCCUGGACCACGCUGGACGAGUUCCCACUGACACGGCUGGGCCAGCUCAAGGCCUGUACCAACUUUGACGACAUCCUGAGCGUGUGCGACGACUAUGACGUCACCUGCAACGAGUUCUUCUUCGACCGGAACCCGGGGGCCUUCGGCACCAUCCUCACCUUCCUGCGGGCCGGCAAGCUGCGCCUGCUGCGGGAGAUGUGCGCGCUGUCCUUCCAGGAGGAGCUGCUCUACUGGGGCAUCGCCGAGGACCACCUGGACGGCUGCUGCAAGCGCCGGUACCUGCAGAAGAUCGAGGAGUUUGCCGAGAUGAUGGAGCGGGAGGAGGAGGAGGAGGAGCCGCUGGACAGCGAGGACCAAGACAGCGAGGGCCCAGCCUCCAGCGAGGGACGCCUGAGCCGCUGCAUGAGGAGGCUGCGCGACAUGGUGGAGAGGCCACACUCCGGGCUGCCUGGCAAGGUGUUUGCCUGCCUGUCCGUCCUCUUUGUCACCGUCACUGCCGUCAAUCUGUCUGUCAGCACCCUGCCCAGCCUGCGGGAGGAGGAGGAACAGGGUCAGUGUUCCCGGAUGUGUCACAACGUCUUCAUCGUGGAGUCGGUGUGCGUGGGCUGGUUUUCCCUCGAGUUCCUGCUGCGGUUCAUCCAGGCACCCAGCAAGUUCGCCUUCCUGCGGAAUCCGCUGACCCUCAUCGACCUGGUGGCCAUCCUGCCGUACUACGUCACCCUGCUGGUGGACGGCGCUGCCUCCAGCCGCCGAAAGCCGAGCACCGGAAACAGCUACCUGGACAAGGUUGGGCUGGUGCUGCGCGUGCUUCGGGCGCUUCGCAUCCUCUACGUGAUGCGCCUGGCCCGACACUCACUGGGGCUACAGACCCUGGGCCUCACAGCCCGUCGCUGCACGCGCGAGUUCGGGCUUCUGCUGCUUUUCCUGUGCGUGGCCAUUGCCCUCUUUGCCCCGCUGCUCUACGUCAUCGAGAAUGAGAUGGCGGACAGCCCCGAAUUCACCAGCAUCCCUGCCUGCUACUGGUGGGCCGUCAUCACCAUGACAACCGUGGGCUACGGAGACAUGGUACCCCGGAGCACGCCGGGCCAGGUGGUGGCUCUGAGCAGCAUCCUCAGUGGGAUCCUGCUCAUGGCCUUCCCUGUCACGUCCAUCUUCCACACUUUCUCCCGCUCUUACCUGGAGCUCAAGCAGGAACAGGAAAGGGUGCUGAUCCGCAGGGCCCAGUACCUCAUGAAAACCAAGUCCCAGCUCAGUGGCAUGUCCCAGGACAGUGACAUCUUGUUUGGAAGCGCCUCUUCAGACACUAGGGACAACAACUGAGGCAAGAGGACACCCCUGCCCCGCCUGCCAGCUGCGGCUUCAUGCAACCACCGUCGCCACCGACGCCUGGAAAAGGACUUAGUGCUUUCAAGUCCAGCCCUGGCUUGGGACUGACUUGAGCGAGCCACACCACAGAGAGCAUACGUGCCACCUCACCGGGAGUCCCUGCCCUCCCUCUAAGCCCAGAAGUGAAAGGGAAGCCAGCAGGAGCCAAUACCUCACCCAACCCGGCCUCGCUUCUGUUUCCCUCCCUUGGAAGCUGACUGGCUCCCUUUACCAUGUAGAGAACACACCCAGCAAAACCCGCAGACUCCGGGACUGCUUGGAGAAAAGCAGACAGCAGGCAGCCAUGGAAAGAAGAAAAACGCCUGCCAUUGGGACCUUCAAGAAAGGAGCUGUGUCUCUGAGAGACGCCAGCUUUGGGGUACCGGAAGUGAAAGGACCGUGUUGCUAGGGUCUCUGGGCUGGUGGGCCACGGGCAGGAUGGGAGAACAGUGAACAGACCUUUAGGGAGCCUGCCACAGAUGCUGCGUUCAAGCUGCUGCUGCUCCUGACUCCUGCGCCUGUCCUUCCUCCUUCAUCCUGCUCUUUCUCCCUCUUUUGCUCCUUGAGGGCCCUCUUUUCGGACUCCCCUCAUCCCGGUAGGGGCAGGCACCAACCAGCCAAUAGGCUCCGCUGAUUUCAGAGGUGAAAUUGCUUCAUUUUAUGGUUUUUAAAAGUCAGUGAGAUCUUAGCCUACUCCGAUUUAUUUUAAUGUUAAGCCCCCCCCCCAAAAAAGCACUUUAUACCCCUUUACCUUGGCCUCAGUCUAAACCCACAGUGGGCCGCUGCUUCCAUCAGGGGAGGUUCCCUCCAUCCCCAGAAGUCUAGGGAAUUUGGGGAAAACCUCCUCUAUGCCCUCAAAGGGAGCCACUCUCUCUCAAGUGGCCUCAAGAAGCGUAGUUUGUGCACCACAAGAGGGAUCCCAAGCCAACCUAGAAGAUUCCGUCCCAGCCUGAGUCUUGGGUGCCUGGCACUGAGGGAACACAUGGCAUACAUCCUGGACCCACACAUACACGCGCGCACACACACACGCAACCACGAACACACACACUUGUCCGAAGCCUCACGGUACGAGCAGCUUUUUUUACUGCAUCAUCCCACAGCCCAGCUGCCUUCUCUCUGUCCAGCAGCAGAAAGUGGGCUUGAGAUACCCAAACCCUGCCCACUGCCCCAGUCUCCAGCGUCUCCCAAACCUCCACACCUGUUCAGACAUUGCACCGGCCCCUCCUGCCUCCCUUCAGACACACCCAGCCCUCCCCACCUCACCGUGGGCCUCUCCACACCUGCAAGAUGCCCUCCCUGCCGAACACGGCGUGCCUAACCCGUUCCUUUCUCUGCUGCCCUGUCCUUAGCGCCCACACCUGCAGCUUCACCACUUUCUCCUUUCCCUGCUGAACCCUCACCAAGGGAAAGCCCUUUCCUUAUUUCAAGGCUCCUGAGCUCUGCUCUGUCUCCUGCAGGACCAGUUGUGCAUAUUGGCAGGGACUGGAAAGUGGUCCCCUGCUGCCUCCCAGGACCUCGUUCAGGGGUCAGCACCUAACAGGCGCUCAGAAAACAUUGAGGAAAAAAAAAAAAAAAAACACAGAAUAAAGGGGAAACGGCAAAAAGGAACAGAGAUGGAAAACUGUGGCCAUUGCAGCUUA